AUGGCCGGCAGAACAACAACCAGUAGCUCGAGACCAACCCCCACCACAUCAUACCCUCUCACAACACAAUUUAUCCCACCGAAAACCUGUUCAACCCAGUAUUGGUAUGGAGUUUUUGGGACUUUUACACCAGACGCAGUACAGGCAAAUGGCCCACCACCGGGCGUUACUUCUGCCUUAAAGGAAUGUUGGCCCGAAAAUUAUAGUAUCGUUCAUGUGGGAGGAAGGGGAACACAAACAUUCUAUAGUCCUGGGAUAUGCCCCUUAAGCUAUACAACGGGUUCACUGAUGUAUGUCAGUCGGACCAUGUAUGCAUAUUGUUGCAUGGAGGGUUACACACUCCUUCCAGAAGAAGGAUCCUUAAACUUUAUACCUAAGACAUUAGCCCAAUCUCUGUUCACCGACAACGACUACACCAAGGCAAUGUGCUACCAACCUCUUCCAACUGGGAUCGUUGUUGAGUUUCGAGAGCUGAACGGUGAGGUACAUACCACCGACCUACGAAAGGGUCAUUCGGCUGUACAUUUCCCCAUUAGAGUCAAAUAUCAAGCAUCGGACUUUUCCCAGUUCCCUCUCGACGCUCAGCCAGUUGCAACAGAUUUACCAGAAGAGUUCCUGGGCGAUCUCGAACCGUAUAUCCGUAGUGGUUUGGUCACUAUUGCCACAGAGACGGGCCCUAGGCAAACUAGCUCUGGUGCUGGUACUAGCUCGAGGACGGGAACCGACGCAAUGCCAUCCGAAACUGGUGGAGGUGAGACUCCUGAUGAAGGACGUACCGGAACUAUUGCCAUUGCAGUCGGUGUCACUGUUAGCGUGGUGAUAGUCCUUGCGGUGGCAGGGUACUUUCUAUUCUCCUGGAAGCGGAAAAGGAGUAGACAGCAGAAUGGAGGCUUUGGGGAUCUGUCCGGCCCUUACAAGCAACACCAAAACAAUGAUAGCCAUAUUGGUGGGAUACAAGAUCUUCCGGACAAUACUGGGGGGAUUGCGCUUGCUGAAGCUGGUGCAGGUGGGUGGUCAAAGGGGCGCCAGUAG